AUGGCCGCCACCGCCACCGCCACCGCCGCCGCUUCCCUUUCCCUCCACCUCCGCCUCCGCCCUCCUCCCCAUGCCCACCGCAGCCCCCUUCGCCAUGCCCCGUUCCUCCUAUCCCCUUCUCCGUCCACCCCUUGGCCUCCUCACCACCUUCACGUCGCUAACGGCCGGCUCCCUCCCCCUUGCCGCCCCUCUGUGAAGGCGCGGGCAGGUGCCAUCGAGGCUCCGAGCCUCGCGCGCCUUGGGGGCGCCGUAGAGACCGACCGCCUCCCCGCCGACGUGCGCGACCGCGCCAUGGACGCCGUCGACUACUUGGGCGGCCGCGUCACAAUCGGCGACGUCGCCUCCCGCGCCGGCCUGCAGAUUGACCAGGCAGAGCGCGCGCUCCAGGCUCUCGCGGCAGACACCGGGGGCUUCCUGGAGGUUUCGGGGGAAGGGGAGGUGCUGUACGUCUUCCCCGAAGACUACAGGGCGAAGCUCGCUGGCAAGUCAUUCAGAAUGCGGGUCGAGCCACUGGUCGAUAAAGCCAAGGAAGCGGGUGCGUAUCUGGCGCGGGUGUCUUUUGGGACAGCACUAGUUGCUUCCAUUGUGCUUGUAUAUGCUACCAUCAUUGCCAUUCUCUCAAGCUCGAGCAGUGAUGAAGAUAAUCGUGGAAGGCGGCGCAGAUCCUAUGGCUCUACGAUGUUCCUCCCAACAGAUUUAUUUUGGUACUUGGAUGCAGGUUCCUCCAGGAGGAGGCGGGUAGAAAAAGAUAAGGGGAUGAGCUUUAUUGAAUCUGUCUUCUCGUUUGUAUUUGGGAAUGGUGAUCCUAAUGACGGGCUUGAAGAGAGAAGGUGGAAGAUGAUUGGGCAGUAUAUUUCAUCGAAUGGUGGAGUUGUUACGGCAGAAGAACUGGCACCGUAUCUUGAUGUACCGGCACCUGCAGAGCAAACCAACUCCAAGGAUGAUGAAUCAUUUAUUCUUCCAGUUCUUUUACGCUUCCAGGGACAUCCUUUAGUUGACGAUCAGGGAAACAUUCUUUAUCGAUUCCCAUCGCUGCAACGCACUGCUUCCUCGAAAGGAGGUGGGAGUAGGGAAUAUGUUGGUACAAGAUGGUCUACAAUGUCGAGUGGCGUUGAAAAGUUUAUGGAAGAGAAACCAUGGGAAUUCAGUGAAGCAAAUGCAUUAGAGAGGGCAAUGGUUGCUGGUUUGGGAGGACUCAAUCUUUUUGGCGUCAUAAUUCUGGGAAACUUACUGAAGCAAAUGACAAUGACACCUGGUGGGCUUAUCUCAUUUGCUGCGCAGUUAUUUCCCUUGCUUCAGAUAUAUGCUGGCUCCUUUUUUGCAAUACCAUUAUUUAGAUGGUUGCUGCUACGCAAGACCAACAAUGACAUUGCAAGGAGGAACAAGGCUAGAGAAGAGAGAGCCCAGGAACUUUUGUCGCCAGAACCUUCUCUCAGAAGAAAGUUGCUCAGUGCACGCGACAUGGCUCAGUGGAAGGUGAUUACACCAGGGGAGAUUGUCUACACAACCGAAAAGGAUCUAUUGGAUCAGAAAUAUGAAGUUAGGGAGUGGGAAAGGCGAUUUAAGAAACUUGAGUCAGACUGA